AUGGCCGCCGAACAAGCUAGUAGGCAAACCGGCACCGCAGCGGAUACUCGUGCCGCUCUGGUGCCUGAUGAGGCUCACCUUGACAGACGCGAAGCCGACGAUGGCCUCGCACACCGCGAACUACAGUGUCUCUACCAGGCGCCUCCGCCUCGACGGCGUAAAAGGCAGUUGAGCGACGGUGACGUCUACGAAAAGAUUGCUCAGUACGAGCGCAUUCUGCUCGAGCACGGGUUGCUGCCGCAGGGUGCUCAUACAUCGCCUUCCACUGAGUGCUCACCACAGGAGCCGAUAUCUCUGCGUUUCAUCGAGCCAAACGCAGAAAUGUCGAAAUUGGGUAAAGUUGUGGUCGGCCAUGGUAGGUCGAGGUACAUCAACAGCACCACCUGGCGUAGCUUAGAAGAUGAUGAGAUGCAACAUAUGUCCAUGGAACGAAAUCACGAGGAAGAGGAGUCACUCAUGGGCUUCCGGCGGAACCUGUUGCACUGCCACCCAACGCACGCGGAAGCAAUGAUUCUGUGGAACACUCAUAUCGAGAACGUGGAGCCUAUUUGCAAAGUGCUGCAUAUUCCCUCGUCGACAAAGAUGGUCGACGAGGUUUCACGAAAGCCUGAAACAGCAUCGAGAGAGAUCGAGUGUGUCCUGUUCGCAGUAUAUCAUUUCGCCGUCUUCACCUUGACGGAGGAGAAGUGCGAGAAGCUAUUUGGUCGAUCGCGAGAUGCUUUGAUGCAGAAGUACCACCUCGCAACCCGGCAAGCCCUCGUCAACGCGUCUUUCCUCACGACCACUGAUAUAUCCGUCGUACAAGCUCUCGUACUCUUCCUGCUUGCUUGUCGACAUCAAUACGACCCAAACGCAUACUGGAUCCUGACAGGUGUUGCCGUCCGCAUAGCGCAACGCAUGGGGCUUCACCGCGACGGAGAGGCGCUCGGCUUGUCACCCAAGCCAACUACAGGUACCGGUAUUGCCAUUGCGCCGGAGUCAUGGGAUACCAAGGAGCCAUUGAAUAUCAAUGAUGACCAGAUCUGGCCAGGAAUGACCACGGCGCCACGAGAGCAGAAGGGGGCAACCGAGAUGAUCUUUUGUCUGGCCCGGGCAUGUAUCGGUAAAUUCUUUGCCAGGUCGAUUCGUGGUACAGCUACGGACCACUCUCAACACCACAGUACAGUUGAGCCUCUCAUCCGGGAAGCUGAGAGCGAAGUAGAGGAAAAGUACAUCCGCUACUGCGACAUUACCAACCCGCUGCACUUCCUAACCAUCGGCAUGGCGAGGUCAGCCAUUACUGCUAUGCGCAUCAAGAUCAGGCUGCCGAGAAUUCGAGAUCAGACCGCCACGGACGCGGAGAGAAAAGAACUGUUCCAACUGGCGCACAAGAUCAUCGACACGGACGCAGCUGCUUACGCCCACACAGGCCUCCAGAGAUAUCAAUGGCACGUCAGGUCCUUUUGGGCAUAG